AUCAGCCUGGGCCUGGCAUCCAAGUUUGGUUGCGAAGAAAGCCAUUACCCGCGAUUUGAUCUGACUUACUGCCUAGUUGAGGAGACAUCAGGACGGAUACCACAUCCUACCACACCUCUUCUUCUCCCAGCACCCUCCUCGACUGUGGGAUACUAUUCGGAAACUAUUUGGAAACGAUCAACUUGAAUUUAUUCUUCACUUUUAAACGGAAUGGAUUUUGAAAAGACCUAACCUUUAUGGUUUCCUGUACAAGUCUUGUUAAAAGCCUGCUGGUGGAGUUUUCCCAACUUUUGAGGAGGUCGCAUUAGGUAUUUCUAGAAGGGAACUAACUUAAAGCCGAAAAAUGGAUCAAGCCAGCGGUGGGGAGGACCCGAAUAAACCCUCUAAAAAGAAGUCUAACGAGGACGAGGGUAAAAACAAAAAGCUGAACAUACACAUAAAAACAUUGGCUGAUGAUAUGCGUGAUCGUAUUACCAGUUUUAGGAAGACGGGAGCGAAGAAGGAGAAGCCCCUGAUACAGCACUCAACAGAUCCCCUCUCUAUACAGAUUGAAAUGCCUGUUCCUCAGCCCCUUUUUGACGACCGCUCCAUGAACCUCUCGGAGAAGGAGAUCAUUGACCUCUUUGAGAAGAUGAUGGAGGACAUGAACCUGAACGAGGAACGCAAAGCCCCUCUGCGUGGAAAGGACUUAAGCACCAAACGCGAGAUGGUGGUCCAGUACAUCUCAGCCACUGCCAAAUCUAUAACUGGGAGCAAAGUUGCGGGUGGACUAAGGAACAGCAAGCAUGAGAGUACACUUUCAUCCCAAGAAUAUGUCCACGAGCUGCGCUCUGGCAUCGCAGAAGAAAAGAUGCUUAAUUGCCUGGAGUCCCUCAGAGUGUCUCUCACUAGUAACCCUGUCAGUUGGGUUAAUAACUUCGGUCACGAGGGUCUCGGCCUUCUUCUGGAUGCUUUGGAGAAGCUGCUGGACAAGAAACAACAAGAGAAUAUUGAUAAACGGAACCAGCAUAAACUUAUCCAAUGCUUGAAGGCUUUUAUGAACAACAAGUAUGGACUGCAAAGGAUCUUGGGAGAUGAGCGGAGCCUGUUGCUGUUGGCGCGAGCAAUUGACCCCAAACAGACCAGCAUGAUGACCGAGACUGUCAAAAUUCUCUCUGCCUUCUGUAUUAUUGGAGAGGAAAACAUCCUGGAUAAGAUUCUAGCUGCCAUGACAAUUGCUGCAGAGAGGAACAAUAAAGAGAGAUUUGCUUCCAUUGUGGAAGGACUGGAGAACCACGAAGCCCAGCAGCUCCAGGUUGCUUGCAUGCAGCUGAUCAAUGCCCUGGUCACCUCCCCUGAUGACCUUGACUUCCGGAUACACCUACGCAAUGAGUUCUUAAGAUGUGGCCUCAAGAAGAUCCUUCCUGAACUAAAAGAGACGGAGGAGCUAGACAUCCAGCUGAAGGUGUUUAAUGAGAACAAGGAGGAGGACUCUAUCGAACUCUCCCAUCGCCUGGAUGACAUCCGGGCUGAGAUGGAUGAUAUGAAUGAAGUGUACCAUCUGCUGUCCAAUAUGGUGAAAGACACUGGCUCAGAGGCCUACUUCCUCUCAGUCCUUCAACACCUCUUGCUCAUCAGGAAUGACUAUUACGUCAGGCCUCAGUAUUACAAGGUGAUAGAAGAGUGCGUGUCUCAGGUGGUCCUGCAUCGCAAUGGGAUGGACCCCGACUUUGGCUACAGUAAAAGAUUGGACGUGGACUUCACCCAUCUAAUCGAUCAGUGUGUGGAUAAAGCCAAAGUUGAAGAGAGUGAGCAGAAGACUGCAGAGUACUCCAAGAAGUUUGAUGAGGAGUUCAGUGCACGGCAGGAGGCCCAGGCCGAGUCUCAAAAGAAGGAAGAGAGAAUCAAAGAGUUGGAGGGGAAGAUCCAGGCCCUGGAGUCCCAGUUAACUAUUGAAAAUGACAAGCUCAAAGAGGCUCAGAGACUCAUCAGGGAAUCUGAAGCCAAGAUUGCAGCGGGUCCAACUGCGCCUGGAGCCCCACCCCUGCCAGGGGGUGCAGCAGCUCCUCCACCUCCUCCACCACCUCCUCCCCCACCUCCACCUGGUGGCUGUCCUCCCCCUCCGCCACCUCCGCCUCCUCUCCCUGGCCACGCUGGCAUUCCGCCACCUCCACCACCGCCACCUCCCCCCGGUGGAGGACCUCCACCACCCCCGCCACCCCCUGGGUGUGGGCCCCCACCUCCUCCGCCUUUCUUCGGGGGACCAGGCGGCCCUCCGCCGCCGCCCUCAUUGCCCGUCAUCAAGCUGCCUUACGGGCUGGAGGCCAAGAAGACCUACAAGCCUGAAACCGUGAUGAAGAGGGUGAACUGGACCAAGAUAGUGCCUCAGGAAAUGGCAGAGAAUUGCUUCUGGAUCAAAGUCAAAGAAGAGAAGUUUGAGAAUCCUGACCUAUUUGCUCAGCUCUCCCUCUGCUUCUCCUCGCAGAGCAAAGAUGUCCAUGUUGAUAAAAAACUUGUCAGCGAAGAGUCUUUGUCUGCACAUCAUCAGAGUCAGCUGAUGUUGCCUCAGGAAGGCGAGAAGAAAUUUGCUCUGGAUCAAGUCAAGAAGAGAGUUUGGAAUCCUGACCUAUUGUGCUCAGCUCUCCCUCUGCUUCUCCUCGCAGCAAAGAUUGCAGCGGGUCCAACUGCGCCUGGAGCCCCACCCCUGCCAGGGGGUGCAGCAGCUCCUCCACCUCCUCCACCACCUCCUCCCCCACCUCCACCUGGUGGCUGUCCUCCCCCUCCGCCACCUCCGCCUCCUCUCCCUGGCCACGCUGGCAUUCCGCCACCACCACCACCGCCACCUCCCCCCGGUGGAGGACCUCCACCACCCCCGCCACCCCCUGGGUGUGGGCCCCCACCUCCUCCGCCUUUCUUCGGGGGACCAGGCGGCCCUCCGCCACCGCCCUCAUUGCCCGUCAUCAAGCUGCCUUACGGGCUGGAGGCCAAGAAGACCUACAAGCCUGAAACCGUGAUGAAGAGGGUGAACUGGACCAAGAUAGUGCCUCAGGAAAUGGCAGAGAAUUGCUUCUGGAUCAAAGUCAAAGAAGAGAAGUUUGAGAAUCCUGACCUAUUUGCUCAGCUCUCCCUCUGCUUCUCCUCGCAGAGCAAAGAUUACCAGAACCUGAUAAAGAACUUGCCGGAGCAGAAAGAACUGAAUGCCCUAGCGGAACUAAAGGGUGAAUAUGAAGAGCUAGUGGAGUCGGAGCAGUUUGGCAUUGUGAUGAGUUCAUUAAAACUCCUACGACCACGUCUCAACGGCAUUCUGUUCAAGCUGACGUUUGAGGAGCAGGUGAAUAACAUCCGGCCGGACAUCAUGAAUGUGACAUUUGCCUGUGAGGAGGUGAAGAAGAGCGAGAGCUUAAGCAAACUCCUGGAGUUGGUUCUGCUGGUCGGCAAUUACAUGAACGCCGGCUCAAGGAAUGCCCAGACGUUUGGUUUCAACAUCAGCUUCCUGUGCAAGCUCCGAGACACAAAAUCCAUCGGUCAGAAUACAACACUUCUUCAUUUCCUCGCUGAGAAGUGUGAAGAGGCUCACCAGGAGAUUUUAAGGUUCCCAGAUGAACUGGAGCAUGUGGAGAGUGCCAGCAAAGUGUCUGCUGAGAUCUUAAAAAGCAGUUUGACCACCAUGGAACGUCAAAUUCAGAGGCUUGAGAACGACAUCGAGAACUUCCCCAAAACGGAUGACGAACAAGAUAAGUUUGUGGAAAAGAUGUUGGGCUUCUCCAAACAUUCACGGGAGCAGUAUGAAAAACUGUCAACAAUGCACAAGAACAUGCAAAAGCUCUACGAGAACAUCGGCAGCUAUUUCGCCUUUGACCCCCACUCGGUCAGUGUGGAGGAUUUCUUCGGACAACUGUCCAACUUCCGCAUGCUCUUCAUGGAAGCAAUGAAGGAGAACCACAAGAAGAGGGAGAUGGAGGAGAAGAUCAAGAGAGCCAAGCUGGCGAAGGAGAAAGCAGAGCGGGAGAAGCAGGAGCGCCAGCAGAAGAAGAAGCAGCUGAUUGACAUGAACAAAGAGGGAGAUGAAACUGGUGUGAUGGAUAGUCUUAUGGAAGCUCUACAGUCCGGAGCUGCCUUCCGUGAUCGGCGAAAACGGACACCGCGCAACGGUGAUCAAAGCCCUUCCAGUCCAUCUUCUCGGUGGCCGGGUGCUAACUAUGGUAACAGAACCCUAGACAACCGACGCGCAGUCCUGGAAAGGUCUCGUUCACGCCACAACGCAAAUCACCAAGCUCGCUGAUCGCCCACGCCUACCACAAGACGCUAGAUAAGUGCCAAAGAGGCCUGCGAGUUGGAGACCUGGAAGACAUCUAAAUGAGGGACGGAGACUAACCUCGCUGUAGCGCACACACACACACACACACACACACACACACACACACAGGAACUAAAAAUCUGAAGAAUCCACACAGAACUUGAGCAUCUUCCGUACAUCACACACACACACACACACACACACACACACACACACACACACACAUUUUAUUUUCAAGCUGUUCAUCUGAUGCCUUACAUAUUUAUUCAACACUUUCUCAUCACCCUAAAUGUGCGUGUCCACUCUGGAUGGUUUUGAUUCAUAAAAUGAAGAUAUUUUUUUUUUGCUGCUGCUGCUGUUUUUAAAGACAUGUUUUAUUUGCAAGUCUCAGACUUCUCUUUUUAUUUUUAAUACAGUUUUGCCGUCAGACAUGCAGUGUUUGUGAAACAGGCAAGACGGACUGCACCAUAGUGUACACGUAUCAGCUGAUAAACACACCACACGGUGCAGAGGGCCAGCUGUCCUCAUUCAAAGCAACAAACCUGCAGAUGUUCUCCUCAACGAUCCUCUGAACUCUUCACAGAAGAGGGAGUGGUUGCUUGAAAUGUUGUUGUGUUUCUGUCGAUCCUUCCUUCAACCAAGCUGAAGACAGUUUUACUAGUAUAUGUUUCAAAUAGUCCACAUGAAUCAUUUAAUUUCAUUCCACAGCCCACAAAGCCACAAGAGCUGUCCCCUGUCCGCGGCGAUAUUUCAGAGCGUGUGAUUCAUGAAUCUCGAAACUGUAAUCUCCGUUUUGACAGGAUGCAUUUUAUUUUUAGUUGUGUAAUAUCUAACCAAUGCCUCCGGGUGCUGAUCUCUGUCCCAAGGUCGCUUUUGCUGUUAACGUGAGAGACGGACACAUUUCUAAAUGCAUAUAACCGCCGAGAGGCGCGAACACGACCCUUUGACCUUUCCUGCUGUAACGCAGGUUGUCAGUGGGGGAAGGUGGAUUGUGCAAAAGGUAAAACAACAUUUUUUAAUAUUAAUCUUUUUGAAUCUGGUUUUUUUUUGCUCUUAAAAAAAGAAAAGUCCAGAAAUUCUGUUUUCCCUGUUUUGAAAAAAAAAAAUAGAUAAAUAAAAAGAAGCUCGGUAGGAAACCAAGUUAAACCUAGUGUCAUAUGGACACAUCUGGUUCAACAAUAUAACACUUGUUACUAUUUUAACGGACACGUGUAAUCAAUAAAAACAGGGUUAAGCGGCUUAAAAAAAUCACAGCUGAGAUUUGAAUGGGUAAAUGUAUAUUGUAGAACAAAUGCAAAAUGUUUUGAGGAUUAUAUGAACCACAGGAUGUAUUUUAUUCAAACCGACAAAGUUUUCAGCAUGGAAAAAGAAACACCUGAUGCUCGGUGUUAGUGUACAGAAUAGUUCAAACUUUGCUGUAAGCUUUGUUUUUCUGUAAGGACCCACUGUCACACGGUUUCUUCACGUGAACUAUUUAUUCAUAUAUUCAUGCCUAGGGCAGCCCUGUCCCCUCACUACCCUAAACUGUAAGCAGAUGCUACUAAAAACAACCAUUGAGUCCACAUGGAGAGGGGGCACGACCGGAAUAAUCGACUAAGGGGCACAGAAGACGAAAUGAUGCUUGUCUUAGCAAGUGAGUCUCCAAAGGCUCUUCAAUUCCCCAGCACUAAUAGCAUAAGUGACCCUUUUUACCAUAACACGAGAUACUUCACUAAUACCAUAGCUUUGCUUUAGGCUUUGUGUGUUUGGGCGAGUGUGUGUGUGUGUGUGUGUGUGUGUGUGUGUGUGUGCGUGCCAUGCCAGCUCAGUAAUCGGACAGCAACCCAGACAAAAUAGGAUUCAGUGUGCUUGACUUCUGGGCUGAAUAGAUGGAGAUUUUUACAUUUAAACAAUCUGCCAGUGCCGGUUGUGAUGUGUCCGUUUCACGAUGCCUCCUCUCUCGGCCCGCACGCUUCUAAAAAAUGCAAUUUUACACAUCAUCUCGGCUCAAGGUGCACCCACAAUGCACCGAGAAGACUGCAUAUUUAAGUAGACAAUAAUUCUCCUGCGAAUAUAUGGUUGGAGCAGUCGCACAGAGAAAGCAUAGAGAAUGAGGUUUCCGCAUAAGGGAUUCUGCGUGGAUAGGAGUUUCAAGGUGUGUUGCAUUCAGCAGGGAGAGAGAAGACUUCCUUGUUUUAAUCGCAACUCGCCCUCUGUCAUCAACACUACCAUGCCUGUGCAGUUUAGGUAAAGUAUUGAAUAUCAGUUCUCCAUCAACACCAAUGUCUGCUGGGACAUGUGGUGUUUUUUCACCUUCUGAUUGAAUACUGCACACGCCGAAACAACCAGUAGUUUAUGGUUGACAAUUUGACUGACACUUGAUUAUUAAAUCAAAUCAGAUUUCUUUCACACGUGCCAACCUUUUUUCUUUUGGUUAAAACUCAGUUCUCCCCAUGCAAUGAUGGAAAAUUCCAGUUUUUUUAAUUUGUAUUUAGUUUUGUAUAUCAAAGGGAGUACAGGUAUCUUUUUUUGUCAAAGUAUGAGAAAGAUUGUACAGACAUAAAAAUGAGUUUUUAUUUUCAUUUUAUUUGAACUGUUGUUUAAUAAACAUUGAUUCGAUUAAGAACUGCCAUUCAAAAGUAGGAGAUGUUGAUGUGAUAGUCAUGUGGUAUUUCUUAUCUAAAACACUCAAAAGGUUUUUUGUAAAAUGUAAUUUAUUUGGAGUUUGAAAAAAAAGAUAUUUUGUCAUGAUGCCAUUGUGUAGAGCGUAAUGAGUUAGCGCUACGGUGUUAGCAGUUGUAGAAGUUUCCCAUCAUGCAUCUUUCCUGCAACAGUCUGAACAACUGAUGAAAAACUUUAGGUUUGUUGCUAUUGUGGCUGAAAACAGUUAAAAUUGCGCCGACAACUUUCGAUUAUAAGAGAAACUUCUACAAUGACAACAUUCCUCGACAUCCCUGUAAGUGAUUGUUGUACCCCUCCCCCUCUCAUUCCAUCUUUUAGAAUAAUCAGAAUUACGUGUUUCUCUAGAAAAUAGCAGGAGUGUUUGGCGUUAAAAGAACCUGUAUUGUUCCAUAAUUUUAGUGUGAAAAACAGGCCUCUAUGUGUUUGGGCUAAUCAUCCCAUUGUCUUUUAGCUUGUGACUAACAAACCUGAACCGGUGAUAUGACUUGUGCUCAUGGUAAUUGUACGAAUGAGGCGGCAGGGGUAUGAAGGAUUUAUCGGAAAAACUGUAAAAAAAAAAAAAAAAAAAAAAAAAGGUGCCAUGUUGUUGACGGUGGCAAGCGCUUUAAUUAAAAUAAAAAGUUUGCGAUCUAACUUUACCUCAGAAGAUAUUCUGCUCAUGCAGAGGAAGAGUUGUUUGAGAUGUUUGAACACGACGUCGCCACUAACAGAGUGAACUAUUUGCAAAGUAUUUAUUUUGGUAAAUAGUUCCACAUAUCCUGUUCUUUCCUACUUUGUGAGUGCUUACUAUUGAUUUGAGGGGAAACCAAUUGCGGCUGAAUGAACAAACAACGCUCAUAACUGUUGACAAACCCUGUCUGACCGUGACGUGUAAAGCUGCCAUAUCCCUGCCUACCCUCCUUGUUGUCAUUGAGUAUGUUUUAUUGUCUUAAGAAACAUUUAUAUUUGUAACAUUUUAAGCUUAUUUGUAUCCUUAAGAACAUGAAAAAAAUAAAAGUGGUUAUGCACACUGUCCUUCCAUAGAAUAUGUAAUGGAAUAUGAUACUAAAUAAUAACCACUUUGUUAUAUAAACUGAUUUCUGAAAGAUACUUUGUCCUUUUGUCUUUAUGCAUUUACUUAUUGACAUGUCAAAAGUAAUAAAAUAUUUCUUUAUCAACCCUU